CCGAAGCAGAUAGAUCCCGUCGGGUUUUCGUUUGGCUCCUCAGAAAGCUUUCUCCUCCUGCCUACUCCUUUACUCCUCUCACUUCAUUCUUGUGCUUUUGACUCUGACUUCGAUUGCUCUCCCUUUCCCGAGGACUCACGGUUCUACUGUAGUGGUAGAGGUUUCACAGAGAGGAAUUGAGAAUGUCUGCUGAUACGGUUGGAAAGACAAUUACCUGCAAGGCCGCCGUUGCCUGGGAAGCAGGAAAGGACCUCACGAUUGAGGAUAUCGAGGUUGCGCCGCCCAAGGCCCAUGAAGUGCGCAUUCAGAUCUACUAUACUGGUGUCUGCCAUACCGAUGCAUACACUCUCUCCGGCAAGGACCCCGAAGGCGCCUUCCCCAUCGUUCUCGGCCACGAGGGCGCUGGUAUCGUCGAAUCAGUCGGUGAGGGCGUCACCAGCGUGAAGCCCGGAGACCAUGUCGUUGCGCUAUACACCCCCGAAUGCCGCGAAUGCAAGUUCUGCAAGUCCGGCAAGACCAACCUCUGCGGCAAGAUCCGCGCCACACAGGGCAAGGGCGUCAUGCCGGACGGAACCUCACGCUUCAAGUGCAAGGGCAAGGACCUGCUGCACUUCAUGGGCACCUCGACCUUCUCCCAGUACACCGUCGUAGCCGACAUCUCCGUCGUCGCUAUAACCCCCGAAGCUCCCAUGGACCGCACUUGUCUGCUCGGCUGCGGCAUCACCACCGGCUACGGCGCCGCCGUCAUCACCGCCGGUAAGGGCGGCAUCGAAAAGGGCUCCAACGUGGCCGUCUUCGGCGCCGGCUGCGUCGGCCUCAGCGUCAUCCAGGGAGCCGUCAAGAACGGCGCCGGCAAGAUCAUCGCCGUGGACGUGAACGACAGCAAGGAAGCGUGGGCAAAGAAGUUCGGUACCACGGAUUUCAUCAAUCCUACCAAGCUCGGGAACCAGAGUAUCCAGGAGAAGCUGAUUGAGAUGACGGAUGGCGGGUGUGAUUAUACAUUUGAUUGCACGGGCAAUGUGCAUGUCAUGAGGAGUGCUCUGGAGGCGUGUCAUAAGGGGUGGGGAGAGAGUAUCAUCAUUGGGGUUGCGGCCGCGGGUCAGGAGAUCAGUACUAGACCAUUCCAGCUCGUCACCGGCCGCGUAUGGAAGGGCUGCGCUUUCGGAGGCGUCAAGGGCCGCACCCAGCUCCCGGGCCUGGUCCAGGAUUAUCUGGAUGGCAAGCUCAAGGUGGAUGAGUUCAUUACGCAUAGGCAGCCGUUGUCGGGGAUCAAUCAGGCGUUUGCGGAUAUGAAGGCUGGGGAUUGUAUUCGGUGCGUGGUGAAUAUGAGGGAGGUUUAGGGGGUGAGGCAUGGGGAUGGAGUAAGGCGUCUAGUUAAGAAAAGUGGAGAUGCAUGGAUGGAGAUAGAUGAGAGUGUAUAUUGAGAUCUUUAGGCGACAUGAAGUGCGAUGAUGAUGAGGAUGAUGAUA